CUCAGAACGGAUUUAUGUGUGUGCCACGUGAGAGCAAAUAAAUAGAAUUAUCGAAACUCGCAUCCAGUCGGCUAGGGAAUGGGAUGGCGUUGAGACGCCCAGCGUCUGUUUUUAUUCAUUAUUUCUGUUCGUGGUGUUUUUUCACGGUGAAGUGAUUUUUCGAGAGAUAUCAUGAUGGACAUCGACCGCAUCACCUACAUCUUCGGCAGCUUCGCCCGCCGCCGUCACCUCACCCCCUCCUCCUCCACCUCCUCCUCCUCCAAGAGGCGGUCCGCCGCCGUCGACCCCGCCCCCCAACUCCUUCCCCACCACGACCGUUGCCGCUCCACGCCCCACCAGCCGAAGAAGCAGGCCACGGCGGUGAAGCCUCGAGAGGCUGAGGCGGCUAGGUUAGAGCGAGAGGCGGCCAGAUUGGAGUGUCCCUCCUGCGGGAGGCGGUACGAGGACCCGAGGGUGUUGCCCUGUCUGCACACCUUCUGCCUGCGGUGUUUGGAGGGGAUGGAGGAGGGUGGGUCAGCUGUUUGGUAUGAUGACGAUUCGGAUGUUUCAGCUCAGAAAACCGACAGCUCCUCCUCGAGAAAAGCCAGCUCGGGCGGCUCAGGCUACAUCAGCGACAGACAGGACGACCUGCCCCUGAGCCCCCCGAAGCGCCUCCGCUGCCCCGCGUGCGACUCCCCCGCCGACGUCCCCCCUGGAGGGGUCGCCUCCUUUCCCCCCAACUACCCCCUGCAGCACCGCCUCGUGUUAGAAACCAUCAACGAUGCCGCCACCCAUCUGCUGUGCGACUUGUGCACCUCGGAGGUGUCGGCGACAUCCAGAUGUAUGGAUUGUGCGAUAAGUUUUUGCGAACAUUGCAAAGAAGUGCAUUCAAGACAAAAAUCCUCAGUAGAACACCAAGUUCUGAGCUUAAAAGAGGCCAGGAAGAGGGGGAUCACCAAAGUGAGAAAGCAGAUAAUGUGUUUGAGACAUCCAGAUGCAGAGCUGUCUAUCUUUUGUUCAUCGUGUUAUCAAGUAAUAUGCAGGGAAUGCGUCCCCCUGUCGCACCGCGGCCACGCGUGCGAACCCGCUUCCAGGGUUGCCAGAUUCCACGCAGCCGAUCUGCGCGCCGCCGCCGAAAGGGCCAGCAGGGCGGCAGAAGCGGCAGCGGCGGCGGCUGGCGACCUCGGCGCCGCCUCCAUGAGGGUGGAGGCGCAGUGCCUGAGAGUGCGCGACGAGGUCGAAACGUUCGUCGACGCGUAUACGAGGAGCGUCGAGGAGCACAAAGUCGGACUGUUGGCGCAGAUCAGACAGGUUAGAGAAGAAAAGUUGCAGACCAUUUCCAAGGAAAGGGCAAAGUUGCAGCAACGAAUCCGGGAUGCCAAAGACAUAGCCUACUUCAUAGAAGACCUGCUGAGCGAUGGCAGCGAAAUCGAAGUGCUCAGCUUUCUGAACCCCAUAAUUUCCAAAAUCGAAAAGUGCGAUAACUUCGAACAGCCCACAGACCUUAGGUUGUCUGGAUCGUUACAGUUUUUGAAAGAAGAAGCGGUGAGAUGUCCCAAAGACGUUUUCACUGUAUACGGGGUGCUCACUACUCAGAGUGUUUCACCGGACCAUUGUCACUUGAAUGUCGAAGGUUUGCAGAACUUGCGAGUAGGAAAAAGGGUAGAAGUACCUCUAGAAACCAGGGAUUUUGACGGCACCCCGGUAGAAAGAGGGGGAGAAGAAAUAGAGGCCGAAAUCAGAUACAGGGAUGCCGGAGUAUCAAGAUCCCUCAAUGUGAACGUAAUGGAUAGAAGAGACGGAACAUACGGUCUAUCAUUCGUACCUGACGUUGCUGGAAAACUAGUACUUAGUGUCACUAUCAAAGGACAACCUAUUGAUGGUAGUCCUUUUCCUUUCAAUGUGAGAGCCCUGAAACCACAUAUCGGCACAUUCCAUUGCUGCACCUUUUGUUCGAGCGGGGGUAGUAAAGAGGCGAGUUGCGGGUGUGAGGGAAACAUGCCAGGAGGAUAUAAAGGCUGUGGACACGGCCACGAAGGGCAUCCAGGAAGAAGACAUUGGUCAUGUUGUGGAAGUAUUUUGGAACAUUCUGAAUGCAUCAGAUCGAACCAUCACUAUCAAUUUACUUUAUAAUAUUUUAGCUAUAUAGAUAUAUCAAACUACCGAUACAUUGAAUUGUCC